UCAUCGCACUAGAUUGGCGGUUUCUUUUUACCCCAUACUUUCUUUUGGCGCUAAAAUAGCUUUACAUAUUUCUACAAAAACCCACGAGACUGAAGCCGCAAAUGUUAGAGGGGAAGUUAAGAAAUAUACCCCUCCCUCAAUUCUCAGUACAAACGAGAGAUAAGUCGCAUUAUUUAAUUCGAAAUUCACAAAAUACGAUCUUUAUUUACGUCCGUGUUGGACUUUAGAAACCGUCAAUGUGAAAUCAGUAGUAUUUUGUUGACCUAGGCCUCCAUCUUGAAAGUUGAUGCGUUGUUUUCGCCUGGAUUUGGGUGGAUUUUUACGUCUCUUGGCGGGGCAACAUAGCCACUGCAACCUAGAUGGACAGUACGUCCAUUAUAACACAAGUCAACCGGGAUGAGGAACCGCUGAACGCCUUCCCAACCGCAGAUUCUGCACCAACGACAGCGAGGAAACCGAGGAGUCGCAGCUUACUUAGUUCAUUCUUGUGUUGCUUCGGGUCGACGGGUCGAACGCCUCCCACCACAGUCCCACCUCCCGAAGAGAAUGGACAGAAGCUGCAUGAGCCUGCAUCAAGCUAUGCCCCUAGCUGCCCGACGACGCACAAAUACCUGUUGCCACCGUUACGACAAAGCGACGGCCAUAAAAACUGCAUAGUCAUCGAUCUCGAUGAAACACUUGUACAUAGUUCAUUUAAGCCCAUUAGCAAUGCAGAUUUUAUUGUUCCUGUAGAGAUUGACGGUACGGUCCAUCAGGUGUACGUUUUAAAGAGACCGCAUGUGGACGAGUUUUUAAAACGAAUGGGCGAGCUCUACGAGUGUGUUCUGUUCACUGCAAGUUUAGCAAAGUAUGCAGAUCCCGUAGCUGAUCUCCUGGACAAGAGCAGUGUGUUUAGGUCACGGCUCUUCCGAGAAUCCUGCGUGUUCCACAGAGGCAACUACAUCAAGGACUUGAGUCGACUGGGCCGCAAACUAGAACGAAUCAUCAUUGUAGAUAAUUCACCCGCAUCUUACAUCUUCCAUCAAGACAACGCGAUCCCUGUGUCAUCGUGGUUCGACGACAUGGGCGACAGGGAACUCUUGGAUGUCCUUCCGCUUCUAGAUCGUCUCGCCAAAGAGGACGACGUCUACAAAAUCCUCCGAAGGGAAAACCACAACCAUAUAGUUGCAUAGCACCCUCUCAAUAGGUUGCUGUCUGUUUUUUUUUUUUUUUUUUUUGGGUUCCGUUUGUUUUUUAUAAAGCUCUACAGUAUUUUGUAAAUGAAUCAGAUUGAAUAGGGAAGUGGGGUGUUUUUUUUUGGGGGGGGGGGGAUUUACUCGACAUGAAAUAGUUGUAGGGUCCUGUAUGCUAUUUAUAACUACAAUCAUGGCACAAGUCAACCUCGUCCCCAGGGUGUCGAACAGAACGCGCCCAUCACUACCUGCUCUCUCACCCUGGUAUUGGAUCAUUUGCAUGUGCAAGAUUUUU